AUGGGAGCUUCCUCUUCGGUAGCUAUAUUUGAAUCCUUAGCACAAAGUAUUCAAUGGAUCUUACAGAACAAAUGCAAUGUUUCCAAAGUCUCGCAUAUCAUAGAUGACUUCAUUUUUGUAGGGGCUCCGGACUCGUCAGAAUGCAAAAUAGCCCUUGAUGCCUUUAUAAGCUUAGCAAGUGAUAUUGGUAUUCCUAUCAAACACGAUAAGACUGUGAUGCCGACUACUCAAAUAGUAGUACAUGGUAUACACAUUGAUACCUCCACUCUUAUGGCAAGUCUCCCUGACGAAAAAGUUACUACACUGCAACAGAUCCUUUUCAGUUGUAAAAAGAAACGAAAAGUUACCUUAAAGCAGUUGCAGUCUGUUAUAGGCCAUCUUAAUUUUGCGUGCAAGGUAAUCAAGCCUGGUCGAUGUUUCCUUCGUAGACUACAUGACCUCACUGUUGGCAAAACCAAGGGUUACCCCUACAUUAAGCUAACUAAAGACAGUCGUGCAGACCUAGAUCUCUGGAUCAUCAACACAAAGGAAGAUACACGCCAGACUUUGAAAGACUUUGACAACGGAGCAUGA